UCUGCCUUACGAUCACUGAUUUUUUUUUCCCAUCAUACUAGAUAGUUUUUAAAUUCGACAUUCACGUGUAUUAGUUCGGUCUGAACUGUCACAUCGGGAAUCAGACUGUUUGUUCCCUAAACCAUAAGCAGCCCUCCUUGCUGCAGUGCCGUACUACCAUAAUCAAUUUGACCAACUCGCUAGUCUCGUACUUCAGGCCUUAUGACCACUGAUUUUUUUCCCCUGUGAGUUUCAAGUCCAGAGUAUUUUUCGACAUUUACGUGUAUUAUAUUGAUAGUCAUCGUGGAUCAGACUGUUCCCUGAAGUUCUGAACAUAAGCAACCUUCCUUGCCACAGUGGCGCACUAAAUAGUUAAUUACCGUAUCAAAAUUUGCGCCACCCGAUAUCUUAGCAUCAUGUGCUCAUUAUCUCAUUAUCAAACGGUUGACGCGUCUCACAGAGUACUCCCGCGUACUACCCAAUUCCCGACACCGGGCACCGUGACAAAGCGCAUGAGCUACUUCCAUUCCCCACUAGCACUUUAUUCACCCUAUUCAUCACUCCACCAGCAGAUUCAGAUUCAGAACAUGAAACGCCGUCGUACAGCGCGCGAUUCCCUCCUAGAAGAAAUAAGCAACGUUGCCAACGCCUCCGACGCUGAGACACUGAUUUCAGCCAGAUCAACAUUUUACGAUUCAGCGUUCCGUUUUUCGCUUCUUGGAGUCUGUUGCCACUGCUCUCCGAAAGGAUCGAUCAUGGACCCGUCUUUGAAACAAAAGAAUAUUUUUUUGGAUACUACUUUACUGCAGGUACAAGCUCUGCACGAAAAACUAGGAGGGGCACUGGGAUGGCGUGUGAUUCUAUCAAUGAGGAUAACCACGAGGGACAUUGAGAAGUCGAGGAUCGGAGCCACGGAGUCAAGGGUGCAGAAAAAAUGUAGUCGGCGAAGUCUAGUUUCUCAUCGAGUACGGAAUAUUAACAGUGUCAACAUUGGAAUUCUGAUUGGAGGUUUGUCGUACUUCUUGGGUGUAGCUGAGUGGAGAAGCCACAAGCAUCUACUAGCUCAGUAUGUGCGAAAGUAAAAAACCCUUCUACUCCUCCAGGUUUGGAAUAAAGAACAAAAACAUUAUUGCGAAGUUAUCGCUAUCUGGCUGAACCUCCGAUCGUAACUCUUUCUAAGUGUUAUGGGUCGAGAGCAGAGAAAAUCUGUGCUCGCAUUUACAAAGCAACGCUCAAAUGUUCUCAUACCCCUUGUUUUCCACCAGGCAGUGAUGUUGAGUCACCCUCGGGACUGGUGGAUUGGGAUUGGGUAUCAAUCCCCUUGGGUUGACUGUCUAAAUU